GGUAAUGCCAAGUUACAAAAUUUUUUGGAGGUCUGGAGCAGUUUUGUUAUAUUUUAUAUCCCAGAUUUCAUCGCAAAAUUCGCAAAUACAACAUACUUGGUUUCAAAAAUCAUUCAAUAAUGAAAUUUGGGAUUAGUACCAUAAAUUACAAUGUCUAAGGGAGUUGACAUGUUUUCAACUAAAAACCAAAAUAUUUUUUGUCGCAGAACUCAUAAGUCGUAGAAAACUGGCAAUAUGGCAAUAUUAAUGAAUGAAUGAUUAAUAAUUUAAGUAUUUCUCGGUAUUUAUUUAUGAUUCUUUUUUGUAAAAUAGGAACUAAAAAAUAUCUCACAGUCUCAAAAUAUUGCACUAUUGAUUAAAAUAAAAAACAUCGAUUUGCUUUUAUAGUCCAAGGAGACCUGAACUGAAGAAAAAUGGGCAACGAAAUGUCUUCUACUGCUAUGGAAAAACACCUAUUCAAUUUGAAAUUUGCUGUGAAGGAACUUGAACGGAACUCAAAACGUUGUGAAAAAGAAGAAAAACAAGAGAAAGCCAAAACCAAACAAGCCAUUCAAAAAGGAAAUAUGGAAGUAGCUAGAAUACAUGCUGAAAAUGCAAUAAGACAAAAGAACCAAUCUGUUAACUACCUAAGAAUGUCUGCUAGAGUAGAUGCAGUUGCUAGCAAAAUACAAUCAGCUGUUACUACAAGGAAGGUAACCAAUUCCAUGGCUGGAGUUGUGAAAGCAAUGGAUGCAGCUAUGAAGAGUAUGAAUUUGGAGAAGAUUUCAGGAAUUAUGGAUAAGUUUGAAUCACAAUUUGAAGACCUUGGUGUUCAGACUGAGGUGCUAGAGAACACUAUGGGACAGACUACAACCACUCUUGUUCCUCAGAAUGAUGUAGAUUCUCUUAUGCAACAGGUUGCUGAUGAAGCUGGAUUGGAGUUGAAUAUGGAACUUCCUGAGGGCCCCCAAGGUUCUGCAAUUGGCAAUACUUCCACAGUAUCCCAGGAACAAGAUGAACUUAGUCAACGACUUGCUAGAUUGAGGCAGGCAGAAUAAAUUUCAAAAAAGCUUUCUCCACUAUGUUUGAACAAGGUUUGAACUCAAUAGUAAGUAAAUUACCAAUUUGUGAUACUCUAAUAACAAAUAUUCUUAGUAUU